AUGUUUUUCUUUAAAUUCAGCUCUGAUGAACAUACAGCAGUACAGGACAAAGAGCCAAAGAAAAGCACCACUUUAGCUUCUACUUCAGAAGAAAAGAAGAAGAAGAAGUCUAGUCAUUCAAAAGAAAGGUCCAAGAAAAAGAGGAAGAAAAAAUCAUCUAAAAGAAAACACAAGAAGUAUUCUGAUGAUAGUGACAGUGACUCUGAUUCUGAAACAGACGCCAGUGAUGAAGAUACAAAGGAAAGCAAAAAAAAAGCCCAGCAAAAGAAAAAGAAGAAACACAGAUGA